AUGUCUGACGGUAAACAUGUUCUCAUCACUGGCGCAGCUUGGGAAGACGGAGUCGGAUAUGCCAUAGCCACAGCCUUCGCGAGUGCGGGAGCGUCCGCGAUCGCAGUAGCUGACCUACACGGCGUGUCUGAAGAUAUCGUCGCCAAGUUGAAGGCAGUUGCAACGCAAGCCGGACGCCCUGAGCCUCUGGUGUUGGGCUGUACGGUCGACAUCGCCAGCAAGGACAGCGGGUUUAGCCAGCAUUUGGAUAUUGUCGUGAACAAUGCGGCCUACAUGGAACCAACGAAGCCACUCCUCGACUUGGACCCAGGCGAUGCUUGGCGACCAUGGGAAGUCAACGUCCGCGGACUCUUGAACAUGACCCGCGCGUUCCUCCCCUUGCAACUCUCAACCCGUGCCAGUGCCAACGGAUCAUGUACAGUUAUCAACGUGGCCUCUUCAGGCGCCCUGAGCGCUCGUCCCGGGAGCGGGAGUGAUCGAAGUUCGAAGCUUGCGGUUCUGAGAUGGACCGAGAUCUUGCAACUAGAAUAUGAUGAUCAGGGACUCUGGACGUUUUGUGUUAACCCGGGUGCUAUCAAGACGAAGAUUACCGAGAACGCACCUGCGCAGGUGCGAGAUGCACUGCCUGAUAGCCCGGACAUAGCUGGAGAUACAAUUGCAUGGCUGGCUGCUGAGCGCCAGGAGUGGCUGGGUGGUAGAUACGUGAGCUGUCCAUGGGACAUGGAGGAACUAAUGAAUAAGGAGGACGAGAUUGUACAGAAGGAUGGACUGAAGAUGAGGAUAGUUUUCUGA